UCCGUGCGGCGCUCCAUAACCCAAAUCGAGCCAGAGAGACGCACGGGAGAUAUUACUCUUUCACGCCGGAGAUCAGGCGCCUUCACGCGGCUUCCACGCCGCGGCCAACCGGCUGACUUGUCUGGAUCUUUUUCUUAUUAUUUGUCUGUUUUUUGUUUGUUUGUUUUUCUGGUUGCAUUGUCGGCCUCGCUGGUGCUUUGACUCGGACGGGAGGUGGACAAAAGUAUAGGGACACUGUGAGGGAUUUUUUUUUUUUUUUUUUUUUUAAAGGGGGAAAGGAAGCACGCGCACCUGGGACCGAGGACAACAAAAACAUGCCUCAGACGCCACGCAGCACUGGAGGCUACAACAAAAACCUCUACCAGGCCAAGGAGGAGGUCUACUCUGGACUCUACUACCAUGACAACAACCUGGUGUCCGGAUCCUUGGAGGCCCUCAUAAGACACCUGCUCCCCACCGUCGACUAUUAUCCCGAUAGGACGUACAUCUUCACAUUCCUGCUGAGCUCUCGCCUCUUUAUCCACCCGUACGAGCUCAUGUCCAAAGUGUGCCACCUUUGCAUGGAGCAGCAACGACUUGGGGAUCCCCAAGCCGAUAAGAUACGACUCAGGAAGAUAGCUCCAAAGAUCCUCCAGCUGUUGACUGAGUGGACAGAAACCUUCCCGUACGACUUCCGGGACGAGCGGAUGAUGCGCAGUCUGAAGGAGCUCACGCACCGGCUCUCCACUGGAGACGAGAUGUACAGGAAGGCGGUGAGCCAGCUGAGCCAGGGUUUGAUCCGGAGGCUGACUGUUCUCAGCCAAUACGAGGAGGCUCUGGUCAAGAUCAAUGCCACAGUGACCGAGCGUCUUACCGUCCUCAAGGCCAAACCCCAGCCCGCCCUCCAGAGGGACAUAAUGUCCAUCUGCAACGACCCUUUCACCGUGGCCCAGCAGCUGACCCACAUAGAACUGGAGAGACUCAGCUACAUUGGCCCCGAGGAGUUUGUCCAAGCAUUCAUCCAGAAAGAUCCGGUGGACAACAACAAGAGUCGCUUCAGUGACCACAAGAAGGCCGCUAACCUGGAGGCCUAUGUGGACUGGUUUAACAGGCUCAGCUACCUAGUGGCUACGGAAAUCUGCAUGCCCGUGAAGAAGAAGCAGCGUGCACGGGUGAUGGAGUUCUUCAUCGACGUGGCACGUGAAUGCUUCAACAUUGGCAACUUCAACUCCCUCAUGGCCAUCAUCUCCGGGAUGAACAUGAGUCCCGUGUCCCGCCUCAAGAAGACGUGGAGCAAAGUUAAGACGGCAAAGUUUGACAUCCUAGAGCACCAGAUGGAUCCCUCCGGAAACUUCUACAACUACAGGACGGCACUCCGUGGCGCCACCCAGAGGUCCAUCACAGCCAACAGCAGCAGGGAGAAGAUCGUCAUCCCGUUCUUCAGCCUGCUCAUCAAAGACAUCUAUUUUCUGAACGAAGGCUGCGCCAACCGGCUGCACAACGGACACGUCAACUUUCAGAAAUUGUGGGAAUUGGCCAAGCAAGUGAGCGAGUUCAUGAGCUGGAAGAAGGUCGAGUGUCCCUUUGACAAGGACCGCAAGAUUCUGCACUAUCUGCUGACUGCGCCCGUCUGCACCGAAGAUGCGUUAUAUCUGGCAUCGUACGAGAGCGAAGGUCCCGAGAACAACAUGGAGAAAGACAGAUGGAAGUCGCUCAGAUCCACGCUGCUAAAUCGAGCGUAAACGUUCAACAUGAAGAAGACCCCAGACGUCCCAAAAGAGACUUAAAAAAAUAAAAAUGAAAAAAAUGUAAAAAAUAAUUAUCCUCCGUGUCUGCGAGGAAACCACAAAAGUUAUGUUUUGCAUUAGCGCACAUUGCUACGACGCAAUUGCCGGCUUUUUCCACCUCUUUGUAAGACUUUUCUAGUCUCCUUUUCUACGAUGCUUUCUUUGAAUAGGUGGAGCUAUGCGCUAGCUGCUGGUUGGCUAAAACGUGCCACGUCACUAAGCUAAAGCUAGCUGUUAUUUUUUUGUCGUUUUUUCCGACAAAUUAAAUGCGCGGGCUGCAUUUCAAAGACGCCUCGGAUGCUAAUUUAGCAUGUUAGCGUCACAACACAGUGGAUAAGCUACAUGCUUUAGCAUAUUUUAUGCUAAUUGUUAUUGUCAUGUUUUCCCCUGCUCGUUGAGUUGUUGAAAAAACGUUCUUUACGUAAUGAAAGUUUUGUGUCUUUAUGUGGAGUCCCCACGUCGAUAUUUACCUUAUUUAAUUAUGAUGUCAAUGAGAUUAUGAUUUCACGUUAAAAUUCCUGUGAAUCUUUUGUUUGAUGUUUUUGUGUACAUGAUGCCUAAUUUUUCCAUUUAUUAUCCUCUCGAAUGUAAAAAUGAUUUUGUUGUCACUAAGAGCAAGUUAAUAAAAAAAAAAAAUGCAAAAUGA